AUGACCGUGAAAAAGUAUGGUCUCAAGUUCAAACAGUUGUCCAGAUAUGCUCCGGUGAUGAUUUUCGAUGUGAGGGCUAAGAUGAUGAAAUUUGUGUCAGGUUUGGGCAAGCAUGUGACGAAGGAGUGUCAAGCGGCCAUGUUGAUUUCGGAUAUGGACACCUCCAGGCUCAUAGUGUAUGCUCAACAGAAGAAGUCAUCCAACUAUACCACAUUAUCAGCCAAUGCACCUGCACCCAGCAAUAGACUCCAUUUGGAAGAGUAUAGAGGGGGUAACAGGGGUUGCUAUAACUGUGGUAAGGAGGGUCAUUUCCAUAGGGAUAACCCGAUGUUGGGAGAUAGAGCUCAAUCUUAUUCCGCGGAACCACUAAGUCAGGGUAAUCAGAGGGGUACUACUGCAGGUACAGGCGGAGGUCCAAGCCGCCUAUAUGCUAUGGCUAAUCACCAGGAUCAAGAGAACUCGCCAGAUGUUGUCACCGAGUGGAAAGGUAGUCUUGUUGUGCCAAAGGGUAGAUUUGUCUCCUACCUUAGAGCCAAAAAGUUGAUCUCUAAAGAGUAUAUUUAUUACAUUGUUAGAGUCAAAGAUGAUAGUAUUGAGUCCCCCACUCUUAAGUCAGUCCCGAUUGUAAAUGCAUUUCAUGAAGUAUUUCCUGAGGAUCUACCUGGAGUCCCUCCUGAGAGAGAGAUAGAUUUUGGGAUUGAUGUCCUUCCUGAUAUGCAACCUAUCUCUAUUCCGCCAUAUAUGAUGGAUCCUGCUGUGUUGAAAGAGUACCUGAGAAUAUCUCCUAGAAAAGAGAUUUAUUAG